AUGGAAAACAAAAAUGAAACAAAUAUAUUUACUGAGAAAAUUGAUGAGGGUCAGGCGACAUCACAAGCUCACAGCCAGACUUCUGAAGUCACCGUGUACAAAAUCCACCAUCAGGAAGGCUUUGCAAUAGAUUGCUCACUGACCAUUGUUGACACUCCAGGUUUUGGAGAUACAAGAGGCAUAGCAAGAGACAAGGAGAUCACAGAACAGCUACGUAAUCUCUUCUCUGCCGAGCAUGGUGUCAGAGACAUUGACGCUGUGUGUUUCGUAGCUCAGGCUUCUUUAGCACGACUCACUCCAUCCCAGAAAUAUGUGUUUGAUUCAGUGCUCUCAAUCUUUGGCAAAGAUGUGGCAGAAAACAUCAGAAUUCUGGUGACAUUUGCAGACGGCCAGCAACCUCCAGUUCUAGAGGCAAUCAAAGCUUCAGGUGUCCCGUGUCCUGAAACAAAAGGUGGGCUGCCGGUUCACUUCAAAUUCAACAACUCAGCGUUGUUUGCAGACAACAAAUCACCUGCAGCAGACCAGAGUGGGGAUGAUGAAGAUGAAGGAGGCUUUGAUCAGAUGUUUUGGAACAUGGGGACAAAAAGCAUGAAGAGGUUCUUUGUUGCUUUGAAUGUCAUAGGGACCAAAAGCUUAACAAUGACAAAGGAGGUCCUCAGAGAGAGAAAGCAGCUCGAGAAUUCCAUUGAAAGUUUGCAGAAGCAGGUUAAACUUGGGUUAGCUAAACUUGAAGAGAUUAAAGAGACAGCUGAAAUACUUAAAACACAUGAGGCAGAGAUCAACAGAAAUAAGGACUUUGAGUUUGAAGUCACCACCAAAAAGCCUUUUCAAGAAGAUAUUUCUGGAACUGGAAUUUACAUCACCAAUUGCCAGACGUGUCAUUUCACCUGCCAUCGUAGUUGUGCCUAUGCAAAUGAUGAGGACAAAAAACGCUGUAUUGCAAUGGGAUCAGAUGGAUAG